UGCUAACGGGCGCGGUGCGCUGGAGCAAGAAACGCCUGGAUCUCCAGGCCGUGAUGGCGGCGCUGGAUGAGGGCACCAAGCGAGGAGCAUCGAUCGACGAGGCAAUGGCGAGCUUUAACGCCGCAUUCUUGGAGCCGCGCCUUGUAGGUAGUGUGAUCCGGCGAGUCCCCAGCUUAGCACUAGCGAGGAAGUUCUUCGAUUGGUCUAGCAAGCAAGAGGGAUACAGGCACGACGUCUACUGCUACACGAGACUGCUCCAUCACCUCGUUCGAGCUCGCCGGACGAGAGAAGCGGUGAGAUUCUUCAAGCGCGAGCUGUGUGCUCACUGCCGCCCAAGCCUCUACAGCUUCACGAUCAUCAUCCAGUGCUUUUGCAACGUCAGGAAUCCGGGGAGAGCUUGGAGAUACCUCGGCUACAUGAGAUCGCUGGGAAUUCCACCGGAUGUCACUGCUUACAACGUUGUUCUCAAAGGCUACUGUGAUCUCGGUAGAGUCGGGAGAGCGCUGAUCAAGUUUGGAAAGAUGGGCAAGACCUGCAAGCCCAACGUCGCGACUUACAACACCGUGAUCAAUGGCCUUUGCAAGUUUGGGAAGAUCGACUGGGCCGUGUUCUUGUUCGAGAGGAUGACCGGAGUGGAAGGAUUGAGUUACUCCUACGAAGGUGACAAGACGAUCAUGAAAUACAGGCAUCUCUUCACCAGGCUUCCUCACGACUUGGUCGAUCCGGAUGGCUUCACUUACAGCACUUUGGUACACGGGCUAUGCCAGGCCGAGAGACUGGAGGCCGCGAUCAAAGUUUACGACAUGAUGCUGGAAGCCAACUACGAUGGCGAUGCUGGUGCUUACAACGCCAUGGCCGAUGGGUUUUGCAAGGAAAGGAGGGUGGACGAAGCUUUAGAGGUUUUGAAGACGAUGAUCCAGAGAGGCUGCAAGCCGAGCGUGGUGACAUACAACUGCAUCAUCAAUGGUGUGUGCCAGUACAAGAACAGGAUCGAGGAAGCUUAUCGACUGUUUCAGCAGAUGGUUGGAAGUGAUUGUCCUCCGAAUGCGGUCACUUACGGCACUAUGAUUCUCGGGCUCAGCAAGAUUUACGAGGUCCAGCGCUGCUUGGAGCUUUUCAAAGGUACGCAAGCUCGACGAGGCAAAGUCGAUCUUACAGGACGCCGCGAGAAACCAUGUUGGUCCGGACGUCUACAUGUACACGACGCUCAUCAGCGGCUACUGCCGAGCUCGAAAGCCGAGGGUUGACGAGGCUUUGCUUCUCUUUCAA